CAGAACACAAUUGUCAACAAUGAAAAAUACCGGCAAAUUGAAAGGAAAAACCCUGUUUAUUACUGGUGCUUCCCGUGGCAUAGGCAAGGCAAUAGCCUUAAAAGCAGCCCGAGAUGGUGCAAAUAUUGUAAUAGCUGCCAAGACAGCUGAUCCACAUCCAAAAUUGCCUGGCACAAUUUAUACGGCAGCUGAGGAGAUUGAAAGGGCUGGAGGCAAAGCUUUGCCCUGCAUUGUGGACGUACGCGAUGAAAGGCAGGUGCAACAGGCGGUUGAAGCAGCCGUUUCUAAAUUCGGAGGCAUUGACAUAUUGAUAAAUAAUGCGAGUGCUAUAUCAAAAACAUCUACACUUAAAACUGAUAUGAAACGCUAUGAUCUAAUGCAGAAUGUGAACACUAGAGGCAGCUUCUUGGUCUCCAAAGCCUGUUUGCCUUAUCUGUUGAAGAGCGAUAAUCCUCACAUCUUGAACAUGGCUCCCCCUCUGAACCUGAGUCCCCGAUGGGUGGCAGAUCACGUUGCUUAUACUAUAUCCAAAUACGGCAUGUCAAUGUGUGUUCUGGGCAUGUCCGAGGAAUUUCGCGACAGGGGCGUGGCAGUAAACGCGCUUUGGCCUCGCUAUAAAGUUCAUACGGCAGCAAUUGAUAUGCUCUAUGGACCUGAGGGUGAAUUACUUGCACGCAAAGCAGAGAUAAUGGCAGAUGCUGCGUAUGCCAUAAUAUGUAGAGAUUCUACAGCAUUUACGGGAAACUUUUUCAUUGACGAAGAAGUCUUGUUGAAUGAAGGCGUCACAGACUUGAGCAAAUAUGCCUGCCAUCCAGAAAAUAAACAUAAAUUGAGUGUAGCUUUAUUUAUAGAGGAUGGACAUCCAUUAGCUAAGUUGUAAAACAAUUAUUUUGUG